AUGGUACUGGACAACGAUUGCGUGCCGCUGCAGCGCUCUUGGUGCUUGUUCGAGCUCCUCCAGACGCGUUACGUGGCGCCAAGGCUCAAGAGCGGCUACGAGGCGACCGGCGGCGCCGUGAACCGGUCGAAGGGGUUGCUGCUCUGCACACCCAGCGGGGUGCUCCAGUGGGGCAAUGCCCAUGUGGACACCGUGGUGCGCUUGGCCGAGAAGGUCGGCGAGAUUCGCUCCUCGGCGAGAUUCGGUGGCGAGCUCGGGGGUGGGAUCAGAUGGCAGGAUGGUGGCACAUGGUGA